AUGUAUGCAACAGAAAAUAAAAGUGUUAUCAAGACCCCUGUGAAAUGGCAGAAAUUCCCACAAAUACCAACCUCUGUGUGUAGUGAAGCCUGCCAUCCUGGAUAUAGAAAAAUUGUGCAACAAGGACAACCAGCAUGUUGCUUUGAUUGUAUCCCUUGUUCAGAUGGUGAGAUUUCCAAUACAUCCGAUGCCAGUAUUUGUAUAAAAUGUCAAGAAUAUUACUGGCCAAAUUCAGAGAAAGAUUUCUGCAUUGAAAAGUAUGUUGAGUUCCUCUCCUAUGCAGAUCCCUUGGGUACCGCACUAGCUGUGAUUGCUGUUGUCUUCUCACUCAUGCCUGUGGGGGUUCUGUGCAUCUUUAUCAAACAUCAUGAUACACCAGUUGUCAAAGCAAAUAACCGGGAAGUCAGUUACUUUCUCCUUAUAACCCUUACGCUAUGUUUAUUAACUGCUCUAUUGUUUAUUGGCCUACCAAGGAAUGAAAUUUGUCUUUUCCGACAACCAGCUUUUGGCAUAUUCUUCUCCAUUUGUGUCUCUGCAGUACUGGCCAAGACAAUCACUGUAGUCAUUGCUUUUAAGGCAACAAAACCAGGAAGUCAGAUGAAGAACUGGGUUGGUUUAAAGACACCACUUUUUGUAAUAUUUUGUUGUUUUCUGUUUCAAUUUAGUUUAUGCAUUGUGUGGGUAUCAGUUUCUCCACCCUUCUCAGAGAUUAACAAAAAGCAACCAGAGAAAAUAGUGAUUCAGUGUAAUGAAGGUUCAGUAUUGAUGUUUUAUUGCAUGCUGGGAUAUUUAGGAAUAUUAGCAACUAUAAGCCUCAUAAUAGCUUUUCUUGCUAGAAACCUGCCAAAUAGCUUCAAUGAGGCUAAAUUUAUCACAUUUAGCAUGAUUGUAUUUGUAAGUGUUUGGCUGGCAUUUGUUCCAGCUUACAUCAGUACAAAGGGGAAGUAUAUGGUUGCUGUUGAGAUUUUUGCAAUUCUGUCAUCUAGCACUGGAUUGCUACUCUGUAUUUUUUCAUCAAAAUGCUAUAUUAUUGUUAUGAGACCAGAAAGGAAUAUUAGAGGAUUCGUUUUGAGGCAGUAA